CACCAGGGCUCUUCCGAGGCGCCUGCGUGCGGCCGGCAUGGCGGCGCGGGUGGCUGCGCGGCGAUGGCUCGGUCUGGGCCCGUUCGCUCAGCCGCCCGAAGGCGUGCUGGGAACCAGCGUGGAGCAGCUGCUGCAAAACGCGACCGACGAGGAGGCGCGGAAGGCGCAGCGCACGCCCGAGGAGACCUCCGUGUUGCUUUUUCCCGGCCAAGGCAGCCAGUUCGUGGGAAUGGGCCGCGGGCUGUUGCGCUACCCGAACGUGCGCGAGCUUUUCCGCGUGGCCGAGGCCGUGCUGGGCUACGACCUGUGGCGCCUUUGCCAGGCCGGCCCGAGCGCCCAGCUGCACCGCACAGUGCACAGCCAGCCCGCCGUCUUCGUCUGCUCCUUGGCCGCCGUGGAGAAGCUGCACCAUCAGCAGCCCGCGGUGGUUGAAAGCUGUAUUGCAGCUGCUGGAUUCAGCAUUGGAGAAUAUGCUGCCCUUGUUUUUGCAGGAGCCAUAGAUUAUGCAGAAGCCUUGUAUGCUGUCAAGACACGUGCUGAAGCCAUGCAAGAGGCAUCUGAAGUCAUACCAAGUGGAAUGCUCUCUGUUAUUGGCCGGAAAGAUUCUGAUUAUAAAGCUGCUUGUUUUGAAGCUCGUGAAUACUGCAAGUCAGUGGGCAUAGCAGAUCCUGUAUGUGAAGUUUCAAACUACUUGUUUCCAGAUAGCCGAGUCAUUGCGGGACAUUUGCAGGCUUUGGAGUUUUUACAGAAAAAUUCAAAAAAAUUCUCAUUUGCACGUGUAAAAAUGCUGCCUGUGAGUGGUGCUUUUCAUACCCGACUUAUGGAAUCAGCAGUGCAACCUUUAUCUGAAGCUCUUGAAUCAAUCAGUAUCCAGCAGCCUCUCCUCCCUGUCUAUUCCAAUGUGGAUAGCAAGAAAUAUAUGCAACCAGAACAGAUUCAACAUUGUUUAGUGGAGCAACUGGUUUCACCAGUGAAAUGGGAACAAAUAAUGCAUGCUAUCUAUGAAAGGAGAAGAGGAAGAAAGUUUCCUUACACAUAUGAAGAGGCAGAGCUCCAUGUUAUAAUUCAGGAAUUCUGGUUUUUACAUACAGUUUUCCUAAAGGAAUUGCUGAAACUAAGUAGGCAGAACCACUGGGAGAUUCGUCCAGGUGAUCUACCAUGUUGGAGAAGCCAUGCUUGUUUCUCUGAAUUCUCUAUAUGUGCAGCAAGGUACAAAUAUAUCAUGGAUAAUUAAAUAGGUUUUCCCAGUUUAAUACAAAAUAAACUGCUGUAAUAUAGAGACCCUAAGCACAUCAUGUGUUAACUCAGUUUGUACUUUAAGUUGUUUUCCUUGAGUUCAUCUUGAUUCCUGGUACCACUUGGAUAUAUUCAUGCCCUUUUGGGGGCAACAGUGGAAAUGGUCUGCCAUUGUUUUUUUCUCAGUCAAGCCCUGGGACUUUCUGGUAGCCUCCCAUCAAAGUACUAACCAGGCUUGAUCCUGUUUUGUUUUGUGUUUUUCAAGAUCAGUCAGGGACAAUAAGGUGCUUCUGCUUAAUUUUGGAUUAAAAUAAUUCUCAGUGUGAAAAACUAAAUGCAGAACAUCCCAUUUUCACCUCUUUCUUGUAGUUAAAAAUAUCCAUUCAAUAAUCUCAUGCAGAAUAUUUUAUUUUAUACAGGUUGAGCUAAGCCUGUGAUCUGUCUGGUAUUGGUUUAAUCUGAUAUGUGAAUCCAUCAAUUACAGCUUAGUAUUAGGCACAAACCAGGCUAUUAUCAUAGGGAAUAUUUCCCAUUUUUUU